CACGCACAUUGUGACACUCACACGCAUUGCACACACGCACAUUGUGACACUCACACGCAUUGCACACACGCACGCACACUGUGACACUCACGCACCUACUGCAGCACACGCGCACAAGGGCGCGCCCCACGCCCCCUCAUCGCGCGCGCGAUGGAAAAAUCCAAGAAUUUCCGCAUCGACGCUCUCCUGGCGGACGAGCCCCCCAGAAUCCGGCUCCUUCAGGGGGGACUCUCCCUCUCUGGCGGGGGGCCAUACCAGACAAUGGGGGGCCUCUCUCCGCCCCGACGGGGCCCCGAUAGUCCCCGUGACAUCGUGAGCUGUGCUCACGACUUGCAGCAUCAGCAGCAACAGCAGUCCCGCCUCCACGGCCGCCUCGCCCGGACGCCGUCUCCGCCGUGCGGGGCUGCGGCGGGGGGCCCUCCCCCGGGCCUGCAGCCGCUCUCCCGUGGGGGGCUCGUCCCCAAACCGGGGGUGCUGGGCCUGCCGCACGUGGGGCUGCCGGCCGGCUCCUUACCGGCGGUGGCGGCCUUCUACGGGUCCCCCGUGUACGGCUACCCGGGCUCGACCCUCGCCUACCCCGCGUUCCCGCACGUGGAGUCGCUGAAGGCGGCGGCCGGAGGGGGGGUGCAGGGGGGGCUCUCCCUGGAGCACUGGCUGCGCGCGUCGGCGGCCGGGGUGGUGCUGCCUCGCCUACCCGAGUACACGCGCGAGUGGCACACGUCCCAGGUGCAGGCCAGUCUGCUCGGCAAGUGCCGUCGGCCACGCACAGCCUUCACGUCUCAGCAGCUGCUGGAACUCGAACAUCAGUUCAAGCUCAACAAGUACCUGUCCCGGCCCAAGCGAUUUGAAGUGGCGACGUCGCUCAUGCUCACGGAGACGCAGGUCAAGAUCUGGUUCCAGAACCGGCGCAUGAAGUGGAAGCGAAGCAAGAAGGCGCGCGAGCAGGCGGGGGGCACGGAGAAGGGCCCCCGCGGGGGGGGCCCCGCCACCUCCGCGGGGGGCAGCGGCAAGGACCGGGCUCAGGGCAAGGGGAUGCCGGGGCCCGGCACCCCCUCAUCCUCCGACGCGUCCAAGGAGCGCGGCGGGGUGACGAGGGGACCCCCGAUUCUGGGACCCCUGUGCGGCGAAGGGGUCCGAGGCGAGGAGAGCAAGGGGACCGAGCCCCGCGCCGGAGCUCGCGCGGGGGCGCUGUCCCCCGCGGCGUCGCCUUCCGUGGACGGAGACGACGAGGAGGAGGAGGAAGAUCUGGAAGACGACGAGGAUGAGGAGGAGGAGUACGAGGAGGAGGAAGAGGAGAGGGUGGGCGCAAUCCGGGCUCGCUCGCCGCUGCUGUGGGGCGAGCAGGAGAAGUUGUCUAUAGGGGCGCUGGCACAGGCGGCUCCGCGCCUCUACUGAGAGAUUUGGGGCGGGGGGGGGGACCAGUGGCGAUUCUCUGGGGGGCCGUGUGAGGGGGGCACGCACCCUCCCCCCCAACUCCCUUCCGUGUAUCCCUGCCCCCCAAUGCCUAAGUGGCUCCUCAGGGUGGCUGGGGAGGCACUCGAGCAAACGAGGCCAUCACGGACAAUGAAGUUGAUGUCAUCACCACACCUCGCUCGGCAUCACUUCCUUCCUUCUGCUAAAUCCAGCAGCAGCAGCAUCAGCUACCGAGACCUCACCUCCAAUUUGAGCUCUUACACUGAGAGUGUCCCCCCACUCCCACGCCAAGUGGCCCUGCUCACUGGGUCUCUGGACUCGCCACUGUUGUCAGUGUGGUGGGGCCACAGGGAUGUUGACUGCUCACUCGAGACAGGAGACGGCGGCUGAAGAACCGCGAGAGUUGGACAACGCUGCUUACUGUACAUACGACAGUAUACAUACACCGUAUAUGUACAGUAUACGUACAGAGCGCGUGCAUGUGUGUGCAGUGCACGUGUCGUGUGCGUGCGUCAGAGGUGCGCGCGCUCUUCAUUACUUGACGCGUUCCACGCCACUUGCUGUAGCAGGACACACGUGUGCACCUACAGCUCGCUACUUAGACGGCACUUGGGUUUUCGCGGGUUGUACCACGCGUUGUUCGGCACGAUGUCCGACGUUUGGCCUAUCCGAGGGAAAUCGGUUCAGUUGAGAACAGCACGCGUUGCAACCCGAGAUCAGAUCGCAGAUGCUCUGCAGCACGACCGCGACAUCUACGCAGCAGCGUGCGCGGUGUUCGUCACGUGAGAACGAACUCUGAAAGAAUCGUGGCGCUGCGAGAAUCCUAUGCCGAGUAAUCUCUCACUGGGCGCCCGCGUGCAUGUGCCCCGACACUGGACCGCAUCCACGUGGGACGCAGAGUCGCAGUUCGCUUCUUGCCGCUGCUUAUCUCAGGCCAUAAAUGAUGAAAAUGCUAAGCGGUCAGCAACAAGCAGCACCAAUAAAAUAAAUUAUAGCUGAGAGUGAAAACGUUUCACGCAUUCGCCAAAGCACGUGAACGAGGUGAAGUUGAACAGCUCAUUCCUCCCAGGUCACACAUUCACUUCCGUUCAAAUACAAAACAAAUUCAGUCCUUACAUGCCUCACGAGCCUGAUGAUUACUAAACAAAGAUAACGAUCUCUCGUAUAGCCUUUAAUAAACUGUUCGGGACAGGUGCUGUUAGCGAGCACCUGUGAAGGCCAGCACGUCACACGAGGGGGUGGGUGGCCAGCAUUACGCCCGACCGCCUUUGUCUCUCCAGUGACGAUGUUUACAAACCGCACCAGGUACUCGUUUGAGGCUGAGUCGAUCUAGAGCAGGUCCAUGAUCUGUUUAAAUAUUCGCCAGUUAUUGAUCAUGAGCGGGAAUCCAACUCGGAUUUUCAGGUUCUGAGCUCAGCACGCUAACCACUGCGCCACCGCUCCCCCGUUGAUUGCUAAAGACUCCCCAAGUGACACACACGCACACACACAGGCGCAUAAGCCCUCCAUAGCCAUGUAAAUGAUCACACUGUGGGUCAUGUGGGACGUGUUUAGAAAUCAUCAGACGCGUGCAGUGUGUGACGACUUAAUAUAAAGUUUUAGAAGCGGGUGAAUUUGGUGAACGCGCGGUGGGUCGCGAGGACUCGAGUCUCGCUGGCUCGGAGCAGUUGCCACUGAGAGCCAUCCUCGAUAACGUGACGGCGAUGAUGAUGAUGAUGGCGCCGCGAUGAUUGUGAUGUUCCUUCGAUGCUGCACUUUCCGUCUUGUUUGUUUGCACGAAAUCGCCACGGGUCGGAUCACCACUCUCAGCAACAUUGUUGCCAGCGGGGGGAGGGGAGAGGGGGGGUGUACAAUACGUGAAAAUGCUAAGCGGCCAGCAACAAAACGUACAGUGACCUACUCUUAUUGCUAUCGCUAAUAUACCUGUGUGUGUGUGUGUACAAUGUAGGCUAUACGGGGACUUGUGCAUAUUUUAUUUUUUAUAUCUUAUUUAAGUGAAUGUAUUCGCGUUGGAUUACGGUGUGCAUGUUGUGUUGUCGUCUCCCCCUGCAAGUCACCGCCACCACAGGCACAGAGAGAUCGCGAGGCGCUGCUCGCGACGGGAAUCCACGCGGCCAGAUCCACAGCUACGCGAAUCGGGGGGCACUCUUCCAAAAUAGACCCCCUGCACCUCCCCCCCCCCCGUCCAUUGCCGGUGAUAGAACGGGGACAAGAGCCGUAUGCUGAAACCGGUUCAUGUGCAGGCUGAACUGAGACGGAUCGCGACAGCGUGGGGAGGGCGACCUUCAUCCAACAGUCGAUUGCCAACGGCUGCUGCUGAUGACGACGACGAUGUUUGCUGGUGAUGUUGAAGAGGAGAAAUCGGCAAGUUUUCGUGAAACAUCGCACGGAAAAGGAACGUUUCGUGACCCGACACAACACGGGGCCCGGUAGCCGCGAUAGCCGUGGCACGCGGGGCCCAGCGCACAGAGAGCGCGUGGUGUCACCGUGCAGCACGGCUUGUGUGAGUACACGUGUGUAUUAUAUAUAUGUGUGUGUGAUGUGGUACACAGGUAUAUAUGUGUGAUGUAAGAAAUGGCGACUUACUCGUUGCCGUUCGUUCUCCCGACGCGGCAGCCGCAGCUGUGGGUAGAUCCCCACUCCCCCCACCCCCUCCAGCCGUCUCUUCACCCAGCAGCAUGCAUGGGUCACCAUCGGUCGGUAGGUCGCGAGUGGUGGGGUAAAGUGUGGGUACUUACACAUCUUCAAAGACGUCUGGCCAGCGCGCCAGGGUCGGCCUGUAUAUCCUUUCCUUUGUGGGGGCCCUUCCGCCAACAGUGACGUGAGCGAGCAAUUACAGGGCUGCGCCUUUACCUUAUUCUAAUAAAAAUAUUUCUCCUUCGUCUCA